AUGGCAGAAUCCCACCUGCAGUCACCCCUGAUUACAGCCUCGCAGUUUUUCGAGAUCUGGCUUCAUUUCGACGCCGAUGGAAGUGGUUACCUGGAAGGAAAGGAGCUUCAGAACCUGAUCCAGGAGCUCCAGCAGGCGCGAAAGAAGGCUGGAUUGGAAUUAUCACCUGAAAUGAAAACUUUCGUGGAUCAGUAUGGGCAGAGAGAUGAUGGAAAAAUAGGAAUUGUAGAGUUGGCCCAUGUGUUACCCACGGAAGAGAAUUUCCUGCUGCUAUUCCGGUGCCAGCAGCUGAAGUCCUGUGAGGAAUUCAUGAAGACAUGGAGAAAAUACGAUACUGAUCACAGUGGCUUCAUAGAAACUGAGGAGCUGAAGAACUUUCUAAAGGACCUGCUGGAGAAAGCAAACAAGACUGUUGAUGACAUGAAAUUAGAUGAGUAUACAGACCUAAUGCUGAAACUGUUUGAUUCAAAUAAUGAUGGGAAGCUGGAAUUAACCGAGAUGGCAAGGUUACUACCAGUGCAAGAGAAUUUCCUUCUUAAAUUUCAGGGAGUCAAAAUGUGUGGGAAAGAGUUCAAUAAGGCUUUUGAGUUAUAUGAUCAGGAUGGCAAUGGAUACAUAGAUGAAAAUGAACUGGAUGCUUUGCUAAAGGACCUGUGUGAGAAGAAUAAACAGGAACUGGAUAUUAAUAAUAUUCCAACAUACAAGAAGAACAUAAUGGCUUUGUCGGAUGGAGGGAAGCUCUACCGAACAGAUCUUGCCCUUAUCCUUUCUGCUGGGGACAACUAAAAUGGGUGGCUACUUGCUAGUGAUACAUUGAAUCUUUAAAAAAAAUAACUGUGCACUAUAAUGGAGUAGGCUGUAUUUUCUUUUGUAUCUGUAAAUUUAAGUGCAUAUAGAUAAUGAUCCAGGAUGUGUGGCACAUUCUUUUCAGCUUGUUUCUAUACUGUUUGUAAUGUACAGUUUUUGUAACUAUAUGAUGAGAAAGGAGAGUCUAUGCUUAGGUCAGUC